GAAUGUUACUCUCCUGGUCUCCCUUGUUCUAGAUGCAACUGGCUGUUUGCAUUAUUUUCUCAGCCUGUUCCAUAACAGUGGCUGCAACAGAGUUUCUGAUGGGUGUGACUUUCUCAUUCAAAAAGGUUAAAUCAGGCUUGCUGUAGGCUAUCCGUGUGAAAUAGGAAGUAACAUUUUGAACUGUGAAGCAGAAGCUGUAGCCCAAGGUUGAAGGAACCUCCCAGAUUGCACUGCAAACUGAAGAUGGCAAAAGGAGAUACUGGUGUGCGAUGCUUUCAGGGCUUACUAAUUCUGGGAAAUGUUGUCAUAGGGUGUUGUGGCCUUGCACUCAUGGCUGAAUGUAUAUUCUUCGUGUCAGAUCAACACACUCUAUAUCCAUUGCUGGAAGCUACAGACAAUGAUGAUAUCUACGGUGCUGCCUGGAUUGGGAUCUUCACUGGUUUCUGUUUCUUUUGUCUGUCUAUUCUUGGUAUUGUUGGUGUCUUAAAGUCAAGCAGGACAAUGCUGUUAGUGUACAUCAUCCUGAUGAUGAUUGUUUUUGCCUUUGAAGUGGCCUCCAGCAUCACAGCAACCGUGCAUCGGGAUUUCCUUACUCAUGAACUUUUCUUGAAGCAAAUGUUGGAAAAAUACCAGAAUCCAAACCCAGUCAACAAUGAUGACAAAUGGAAGAGUGACGGUAUUACCAGGACAUGGAAUCGUCUCAUGUUGCAGAAUAAAUGCUGUGGUGUGACUGGCCCAACAGACUGGCAAAUAUAUACCUCCGUUUUUCGGACAGUGAACAAUGAUGCGGAUUUUCCCUGGCCACGACAGUGCUGUGUUAUGGAUAUCCAAGGAAAGGCAAUCAGCUUGGAUGGCUGCAAAUUAGGGGUGUCUGGCUAUUACCAUGACAGUGGCUGCUAUGAAACUAUUGCUGGCCCCAUGAACAGACACGCCUGGGGCGUUGCUUGGUUUGGGUUUGCCAUUCUGUGCUGGACUACUUGGGUCCUCCUUUGUACGAUGUUCUACUGGAGCAGAAUUGAAUAUUAAAGAUGCAAUGGCCUAGCAAUCUGUUCUUCCUGAUUUUUUCCAUAAAUCUAUAUAGAUAAUACAUAUCUAUAUAAUUUCUCCUGUGGGAGUUCUCAAGAUGUCCCAUUAAUCCUUGCUUUUUUUCUUCCAUUGCCUUAAUUUGAAACAUUGUAGCUAUAGUACUCACAAGGUAGGAAACUGGACACAGUCUGAUCUGUUCUGUAACAAUCAAGGCCAUGCGCAAGCAUAGCAAUACAGGAGGAAAUGGUUGUGGAGUCCUUGGUGCUCUCUGCACUUGAUUGUUUGCUCGCUGUUGUUUCAUUACCUGAUGAGGUAACAUCAGCAGCUUUAAUGAGCAUGGGGUUUGCUCC